AUGGGGUUGCAUUCUUCUGAUCAGCUACAGGACGCAAAGAUGCCAUUGGAGAAGACCUCAAGUCAUGAUGAGGGUCUGCCGUCCCGGCAAGCCUUGAUUGAGGCUCUUCAAGCCCAGAAACCCGAUCCAUGGUCGCCCAAUCUGAGAAAGCUGUAUGGCUUCUGUGUCAUUGCUUUCCUUUGCUCGACGAUGAAUGGAUACGACGGGUCUAUUUUCGGAUCCCUACCUGCUCUGGAUUCCUUCCGUGAUCAGUUCGGAGUCGAGAAAAAUGGAGCCAAGAUCGGUUACAUUUCAGCCAUGUACACAGUUGGUGCCAUCUGCUCCUUGCCUUUCAGCGGACCCUGCUGUGAUAUCAAAGGCCGCAGAUUGGGUACAUUCAUCGGCUGCGUGAUCGUUGUCGCCUCUACUUUUGUUUCUGCGCUCUCGCACGGUGUACCGCAGUUCGUUGCCGGCCGUUUCUUCCUCGGGUUCGGAGUCAACAUCAUUCGAUCAACCAGCUCCAUCUGGUGUGCAGAGGUCUGCCCGCCUGCAUACCGUGGAAUCAUCAUGGCAUUCUACAACUGCACGUACGCUGUCGGAGCGCUCAUCGCUGCAGGCGUCACGAGAGGCUCGGUCGGAUACGGAGGCAACAAGGCGUGGCAGAUUCCUCUGUGGUGCCAAAUGAUCUGUCCCGGAAUUGUCCUUCUGACCGUGCUUUUCUUCCCCGAGUCGCCACGCUGGCUAUUCUCGCAUGGCCAGGAAGAAAAGGCCUUGGAAUUCCUGGCUAAGUAUCACGGCGAAGGAAACCCGGACCACCCACUCGUCCAGCUCCAGAUGCAAGAAUAUCGGGAAUUCAUCUCACUCUCGGGCUCAGACAAGCGCUGGUGGGAUUUCAGCGACUUCUACAAAACCAAAGCAGGAAGAUGGCGAUUCCUCAACGCUUUAAUCACCGGAAUCUGGGGCCAAUGUUCAGGCAACGCCGUUGUCACGUAUUACCUUCCAGCCAUGCUGCUCACAACCGGUAUCACCGGCUCCGAUCAGGUGCUGAAUGUCAACCUCGGCUACACCGUUGUCUCUACCGUCGCCUCUUACCUAGGUGCUAGCCAGAUUCAGAGAAUGGGCCGUCGACCGACUAUCAUCUGGACCGCAGUUGCCUGUUCGAUCUGUUUCGCAUGUAUCACUAUCGGGACUGGCCUUUACGCCCAUACACAUGAGACAUCGGCUGCCUCGGCAGGCAUCGCGUUCAUCUUCAUUUUCGGCUUCUGCUACAAUUUCGGAAUGACUCCCCUGCAAGCGCUGUAUCCGGUCGAGGCUCUUUCUUAUGAAACACGAGGCAAGGGUGUUGGUUUGACCUUCUCCAUUGCGCACGGAUUCACCCUUCUUAAUCAGUUUUGUUUCCCGGUGGCUCUCAAGAGAAUCGGCUGGUAUACCUAUAUCGUGUUCAUUGUUUGGGAUCUGUUUGAGGCGAGCGUGAGUUACUUCGUCUCCGUCGAGACUAAGAACCAUACGCUGGAAGAGCUCUCCGAGAUCUUCGAGAGUCCAAACCCCGUCAAGGCUUCUUUGCAGAAGCCAUUAUCUGCAGACUCUGAACGUUGA